AUGAGUGGUAAUUCUGGUAAACAAUCCGUGCCCCGUCGACCAAUGGCAUUACUCCAUUUCAACAGAUGUUGGCUUCCUGCUCAGGGGCUCUCCUGACGUCAUUGUUUGUCACACCUCUGGAUGUUGUCAAGAUCAGACUCCAGGCUCAGAAAAGUCCUUUUCCCAAAGGGAAAUGCUUUGUGUACUACAAUGGCCUGAUGGACCAUACCUGUGUGUGUACGAACGGCAACUCCAAGGCCUGGUACAAGGCCCCCGGCCACUUCAACGGCACUCUGGAUGCCUUUAUUAAGAUAGUCCGCAGGGAAGGUAUCAAGUCGUUAUGGAGCGGCCUCCCUCCAACCCUGUGAGUCUGAAGUCUGCCGUUACUCUGCCUCAUUACUAAUUCACACUGCUUACUUGGCUUCAGCACUGAUUUAUGGUCAGCUGUGUCUUGAGUGCCUGGCCCGCUGUGAUUCAGCAAACUCAUAGUCUAUUGAUAAUUCAGUUGUUUACGAUUGUUUCCCAUUGUUCUGCUCAUUUGUAUCGAGCAGUACGGAUGGACACUGUGAUUUUGUAGACUCAGGGUUUAUCGAUAUUUGAUUUGUUAAUGUUUUAUUUUAAAUCUCUCAGUCCUGGAUUUGUGUCUGAGCGGUGUGGUAACGGCUGAGUCAUGGGCUGUUGAUUAAUUUGGGAACAUUUUAUUUGUACCUCUUGCUUGCCCCCAUCUGAUUUGUGUCUGAUAUGGUAAAAGCUGAUUCAUUUUAUUUGUUGUUUAUGGAUAUUUCAUCUGUUGAUGUUGGUUUCUUGUUUGUAAUGCCUGAUUUGAAUGAGUCAGGGUUCUUGAGGAAACAUUAGAUUUGCAUCUCUGUUAAUGCU